AUGCAAGCUGUGACACCCAGACUCUGGACUCCACUAGAGUCCAUCGACUCCGGGGCUCCUGUCGGAGACGGACCGUGUCACGAUAGUACUCCGAACGUCUCGAGUUCUGUGGAGGCGAGUGGAAAGCUCGUUCGUGAGAGUGAACGUCGCACUACGGAGCUUACCGACGGUCCUGAUGUUGAGCUGGACGAACACUACGCCGAGGUCAGGAGUCCUCGUUCCGGUGGUCGUACUCUAAAUGACGAAGAACUAUCAACUGUCGAGCCGUGUUCGCUGGCUUGGAACAACUUGAGCUUGAACCGCAAGAACUGGAGGAACAACCAGCCAUCGGAUGGCUACAAUGAGGCCUUGCUGAACAACGUGAGUGGGUCAGUGAACGCUGGCGAGUUUCUGGUCAUUACCGGCCCGUCCAAGGAUGAGAGUCUCGCUCUUCUCUCGUGUCUGGCUGGAUUCGAGGACGCUAUGGCCGGCAACGUGACUGUAAACGGCCGUGAGUGGAACAGCCAGAUGAACCGCUACAUCUCGUACAUCCCGCGUGAAGAUCUCUUCUACGAGACGUUAACAGUGUACGAACACCUGGUCUUUCAAGCACAACUUCGCAUGCGUCGUACCCAUACAAAUGAGAUGUGUUUGGCUCGUGUGGACCAAGUUAUCGACGACUUGGAGCUCUCUGAAUGUCGCGACAAGCUGAUCGGUGGUGGCAUUUCUCUUAGUGGAAUUACGCGUGGAGAGCGGAAGCUGUUGGCUCUUGCUACCGCUCUACUAACCAACCCGUCGAUCUUGCUGGUAGAGGAGCCUACCGAUGGCCUAGACACGUUCAGCGCCGAGAGAAUCGUGGCUAAACUACGCUGGCUUGCAUUUGACAAAGGGCUGACUGUGGCGGUGACACUGCAUCAUUCGUCUUCGCACUUCUACGGUCUUUUUGACGUGCUGUACCUUGUUGCUGAUGCCUCGUGUGUGUACGAUGGCAAGGCUUCAGACGCUGUUGCCUACUUCUCGACCAUCGGGUAUCACUGUCCAGAAUACACGAGUCCGAUGGACUAUUUCAUGUUUCAAAUGGUCGUCGGAGACCGCGAGUCUGACGACGUUGGAGUGGCUCGCGUUGAGACAUUGAAGCGUGAGUGGAGUGAACGUAAUGCCUCGGUAUACGCUGAGAACAAGGCCAACGCUGCUGCUGCCAAAGAACACAGCGUUGUGGACGACUACGACCAGAAAAACCGUUGUGGCUACUAUGGACGCGACACUUUGUUCGCCUCUCUCGCUAUGGUUUCGUCUUCUGGUGGCACUUGUGCGCUGCACUGUUGA